AAUAUACGCCACAUCAUCUGUUCGGCUUGCUAACUUGUGGGGCAGGUAGCAACGACUUUGCGUACCAAGUAUUUAUGGUCAAUUUGUUUGUUCUGUGAUUUAUGUCAAAUAAAUUAAUUCUUAAAUGAUGUAUUUGAAUGAAAUCUCAUAAACUAGAUCUCGGUAGUUUUUCUUAUUGGUCUAGAAUCACUUGCUUGUUUAAUUUUGCUGCGCUAAUCAUUCCGACUAUCAGAAACGUGUUCACAGGUUUUAAAUCCCCCAGAAUUUGAAAAAUUGAAAAUUUUUACCAUGGCUUCUCAACAACAACCUCCUCAACGACAGAGCGGUUACGCAAUCGUGAAACAGGUACAAUCUGGAGAUACUGUUAUCCUACGGGGACAGCCGAGAGGUGGCAAGCCAAAAGAGAAAACUCUUGGUUUGUCUAGUAUUAUUGCUCCCAAAUUGGCACGUCGACCAAAUGCAAGUGGAGAAGGUGCUACCAAAGAUGAACCCUAUGCCUGGGAAGCUAGAGAGUUUUUGCGGAAGAAGUUAAUUGGCAAAGAUGUCUACUUUGUCAUAGAAAGUACUCCUAAUGCGGCUAAAGAAUAUGGAUAUAUCUAUAUUGGAAAAGAUACAACUGGAGAAAAUAUCAGUGAAUCACUUGUUGCUGAAGGUCUUGUUGAUGUACGGCAUGCAGCUGUCAAAUCUGAGUCUCAUCAGCGUUUAUGUGAGCUUGAAGAUGCUGCAAAAGCUGCCGGAAAGGGUAAACAUGGGCCUAAUGCCAGCGAGCAUGUUCGUGAUAUUGUUUGGUCCAUUGAAGCUCCCCGUAAUUUCAUGGAUUCUCUGCAUCAAAAACCUGUAAAAGCGGUUGUAGAGCAUGUGAGAGACGGUAGUACUAUGAGAGUUGUACUCCUUCCCGGUGUAUACAAUGAGUACUAUUACAUUACUGUUAUGCUGUCUGGAAUUAGGUGUCCUUCCUUUCGCGGAGAAGAGCAGUUUGCUGAGCCUUUUGCAGAAGAAGCAAAAUUUUUCACAGAAUGUCGAUUGCUUCAGCGUGAUGUAGAAGUAAUUCUAGAAAGUGUGUCAAAUCAGAACUUUCUGGGAACAAUAAUCCAUCCAAAUGGUAACAUUACAGAGCUCCUUCUUAGUGAAGGAUUUGGAAAGUGUGUUGACUGGAGUUUACAAUGUGCUACUUCUGGUGUUGAAAAGCUCAGAGCUGCAGAAAAGUAUGCAAAAGAGAGACGUGUGCGCCUUUGGAAAGAUUAUACUCCAAGUGGACCAGUUAUUGAUGCCAAAGAGAAAGAAUUUAGUGGAAAAGUUGUAGAAGUAGUCAAUGGUGAUGCUUUAGUCAUAAAGCUUUCUGAUGGUUCAACAAAAAAAGUAUUUUUGGCUAGCAUCAGGCCACCAAGGCGAGCGGCGAUGGGCCAGAAAAUUCCGGUAUCUGCUCCGAGGAACAUGGCUAUCUAG